CCCGCUGUUGACUCGGGCGGUACCGCACAGGUCUUCUUUUGGGCGAUGGCGGGGAGGGACAUCUGCUAAUCGGACUUUUAAAUGGGUGGUGCUUUAGGAUGCCGAGCUGACUGUACGAGUCUUUUUCUUAAAAACACGAUUGUGUAUCAACAGAUGUGUCAAAGACACUGCGUCGGUGGGGAAGGACUGGAACAGCCACACUUACUGAUAGUAAGGGCCAUGGAGGGUCACUCUCAGGAGUCUGCCUGGGUGGUGGGGUAAACAGGCAGCAGGUUCCCAAGCCUCUCCUUCACCAUGGCAGGCAGCGCCUCUGCACCAGCUACCAUCUUCUGCAAGCUGUGUCUCAGCCACCACCCAGAGGGAGAUGCCAGCACAUUGCACGCCUGUGGGUGUGUUUUCUGCACUCAGUGUCUGCAGCAGUAUGUGAGCCUGUGUGUCCGUGAGGGUGGGGGUUCCCUGGUCACCUGCCCUGACUCUUCCUGUCAGGCCGCGCAGGGACUCUCCGACUCCGAGGUUGCCUGCUACGUGUCUGAGGAGCAGUUGGAGUUGUACAAGCGGCUGAAGUUUGAGAGAGAGGUGCAGCUGGAUCCCAGUAAGGCCUGGUGCCCAGUGAUACACUGCCAGGCUGUGUGCUGUGUCGUGCCCGGUGUAGAGGGCACACCAUCACCUGUGCCGGUUCCCUGCCCGGCCUGCCACACCAUCUUCUGCUUCGACUGCAAACAGCCCUGGCUGGAGGGGCAUGUGUGUUCCAGUAGCCAGCCACUCACAUCCGAGGGAGACAGUUCUACUGAUGCCCCCAUUAAACAGUGUCCCAUGUGUGGCAUCUACAUCGAGCGCAACCAAGGCUGCGCCCAGAUGCUCUGCAAGAACUGCAAUCACACCUUCUGCUGGUACUGCCUCCAGAACUUAGACGGUGACAUCUUCCUGAGGCACUAUGACAAAGGCCCUUGCAAAUACAAGCUGGGCCACUCACGGGCCUCUGUCAUGUGGAACAGAACGCAGGUGGUGGCAGUGCUCGUGGGCGCCAGUAUCACCAUGUUGCUGACCUUUCCUUUCCUGCUGUUGGCCUCCCCGUGCAUCUUGUGUUGCAUCUUCAAACCCUGUCACAGAAAGAAGCGGACAAAGAAGAUGAAAAAGAAUGGAAAAAGCGUCCCCUCUGACCAGUAGCCUGUUCACACACACACACACACACCAGUAGCCUGUUCACACACACACACACCAGUAGCCUGUUCACACACACACAC